UUCAGACACAUUUGAAAACUAUUGCCAAAGGCCCAAAACCCAAUAAAACCAAAUAAGAAUUGGUGGAACCACAAAUGACUAGAUUUCUUUUUCUCUUUUCCAUUUUCAUCCUUUCAGUUUCAUCAACAUGCUCGGAUUCAUUCUAUGAAAAAUUCAUCCAAUGCCUUUCCCUGAAUUCCCCACCUCAUAUUAGCCCAAAACCCAAUAAAACCAAAUAAGAAUUGGUGGAAACACAAAUGACUAGAUUUCUUUUUCUCUUUUCCAUUUUCAUCCUUUCAGUUUCAUCAUCAUGCUCGGAUUCAUUCUAUGAAAAAUUCAUCCAAUGCCUUUCCCUGAAUUCCCCACCUCAUAUUCCAGUUUCCUCAAUUGUAUACUCCCCAAGUAAUUCUUCCUACUUAUCCAUCCUUGAAUCCAAUGUUAAGAAUCUCAGAUUUUCUUCCCCUACAACCUCAAAACCACUUAUUAUAGUCACACCCUUCAUUGAUUCCCAUGCACAGGCCACGGUCAUUUGUUGCAGACAACUUGGACUGCAAGUCAGAAUUAGAAGCGGUGGCCAUGACUAUGAAGGCCUCUCUUACACUGCUGGUCUCCCAUUUGUCCUCCUUGACCUCUAAUUCCUUAGAUCCAUUGACGUUGAUAUUGAAGAUAACAGUGCUUGGGUUGAGGUUGGAGCAACCAUAGGUGAAGUGUAUUAUAGAAUUGCAGAGAAAAGUCCGAUCCAUGGAUUUCCAGCUGGGCUUUGCCCACUAGUUGGGGUCGGUGGGCACUUAAGUGGGGGCGGCUUUGGUACCAUGUUAAGAAAAUAUGGCCUGGCUGCUGAUAAUAUUAUUGAUGCUCAUUUUGUUGAUGUUAAUGGCAGAAUUCUCGAUAGAGCAUCCAUGGGAGAAGAUCUCUUUUGGGCCAUUAGAGGUGGUGGAGCAGCAAGUUUUGGUGUCGUUAUUUCAUGGAAAAUCAAGCUUGUUGAUGUACCACGCACGGUAACUGUGUUCAGCAUAGCCAAAAUCUUAGACCGAAAUGCUACUAAACUUGUUCACAAGUGGCAACAUAUUGGGCACAAACUUGAUACAAAUCUUUUCAUUAGAGUCGUAAUUCAAGCAACGAGUACGACUGACGGAAGAUUCAGGAAUAACAUACUACAAUUGACAUUUAAUUCCAUGUUUCUUGGGAGAGCUGAUCAGCUCCUUAAGAUAAUGGAAAAUAGCUUCACUGAAUUGGGUUUGAAGCUGAGUAACUGCAUGGAAAUGAUCUGGAUUGAAUCCUUACUUUAUUUUUCAUAUUACCCAGAAGGAACGAGUAUUGAAGCACUGAGAGAUAGGAUUCCACAAGAAAUAGUCUACUUCAAGGGUGCAUCAGACUAUGUCAAGAAACCCAUACCAGAAGCGGCAUGGGAACAGAUAUGGAAAGUGUGUUUAGAAGAAGAGAACUCGGUCUUGAUCAUGGACCCUUAUGGUGGUCGAAUGAAUGAGAUUUCAGAAUCUGAAAUUCCUUUUCCACAUAGAAAAGGAAAUUUGUAUAAUAUUCAGUACUUUAUCCAAUGGAAAGAUGAAGGAGUUGGGCCAUCAAAGAGGCACAUAGAAUGGAUAAGAAGGGUGUAUAAGCACAUGACUCCCUGCGUAUCACACUCUCCAAGGACUGCUUAUCUUAAUUAUAGGGAUCUUGAUUUGGGUAGGAAUGAUAAUGAAAACACAACCUACUCACAAGCUGCAAGAUGGGGCCUCAAGUACUAUAAGAAUAAUUUCAGGAGGUUGGCGAUUGUUAAGGGCGAGGUUGAUCCAUACAACUUCUUUGCAUUUGAACAAAGCAUCCCACCUCUCACUUUGAAUGAAGGGAAGAGGGCAACAGAGUGAACAAAAAAAAAAAAAAAAAAAUAGUAGCAGAACUCACGUCGUUGCCGUCGUUAUUACAUUUUCGAUUGUCCUCCCACGUCGCUGGUGAUCUCCCUCUCUGACUACUCAAGUUUUCUCAGUCCGCCCCUCACGUGAAGAGUUUUGAAACUUGAAACAACUUUUUGAAAUUUCAC